UUUAUGUAUAUAUAUAUAUAUAUAUCUAUUCACGCAUCUCCACAAAGUACAUCUGCUUUCUACAAUCUGUCUUUUGUUUUGGCAUUUUGAAUCCCCUUUCCCUUUUAAUCCUUUCCACAUUCAAAGAUCUUGUGAUUUGGGAAAGAGAUGUCAAAACAAGGGGCUUUUGAUCUGGCAUCUGGUGUUGGUGGUAAAAUUGGCAAGGAUGAAGUUCUCUCUGCUGUUGACAAGUAUGAGAAGUACCACGGUUAUUAUGGAGGUGAAGAAGAAGAGAGAAAGAAUAACUACACUGACAUGGUAAACAAAUACUAUGAUCUUUGCACUAGCUUCUAUGAAUACGGUUGGGGAGAGUCAUUCCAUUUUGCACCCAGGUGGAAAGGAGAAUCACUCCAGGAGAGCAUUAAGAGGCAUGAGCACUUCCUUGCCUUGCAACUGGGAUUAAAAUCAGGACAAAAGGUCUUGGAUGUAGGAUGUGGAAUUGGAGGACCGUUAAGAGAAAUUGCUAGAUUCAGCUCUACAUCAGUUACAGGCCUCAACAACAAUGAAUAUCAGAUAUCUAGGGGACAGGUGUUGAACCGCAAAGUAGGAUUGGAUCAGACUUGCAACUUUGUAAAGGGUGAUUUCAUGAAAAUGCCAUUUCCUGACAAUAGCUUUGACGCGGUUUACGCAAUAGAAGCUACCUGCCAUGCACCAGAUCCAGUUGGAUGCUAUAAAGAGAUCUAUAGAGUGCUGAAGCCUGGUCAGUGCUUUGCUGUGUAUGAGUGGUGCAUGACCGAUGCGUACAAUCCCAAUAACGAAGAGCAAAAAAGGAUCAAGGCAGAAAUUGAGCUCGGAAAUGGUCUUCCCGAGAUUAGAUCGACACAACAGUGCCUAGAAGCAGUGAAAAAAGCUGGUUUUGAAGUUGUGUGGGAUAAGGAUCUUGCUGAGGACUCGCCUGUUUCAUGGUACUUACCUUUAGAUACAAGCCACUUCUCACUCAGUAGCUUCCGCCUAACAGCUGUUGGCCGACUUUUCACCAGAAAUCUGGUGUCGGCACUUGAAUAUGUGGGACUUGCUCCUAAAGGUAGUCAAAGGGUUCAAGCUUUCUUAGAGAAAGCUGCAGAAGGUCUUGUUGGUGGUGCCAAGAAAGGGAUUUUCACACCAAUGUAUUUCUUCUUGGUUCGCAAGCCCAUCACAGACUCCCAGUAAUUUGAAGUGUAAUCACUUAGCUUUAUGCUUUAGUUAGCAAAUCUUUAAGAUUCUUGGCACUGAACUUACUAAUAGAAUAUGAAGUUAUGAACCGGGCUAAUCAAGGUGACUUCGUUUUCUGGCGGGAGGUGGGGAGGUUCUUGUCUUGUGUUGCUUGUCUGUUGCAAUUUGAUUUGUAAGUGUUGCUAUUUUUGCCAUUGAUGUCCCAGUUCUGUGAUAUAUGAAAAGACAAGAUGCUGAUAAAGGUGGGCAUUUGCUAA